GAGAGAAAGAGAAAGAGGGAGGGAGGGAGGCAGACAGAGAAAACCAGCAGGCAGGCGUUAAAGCAAGUCAGAGUGGGAGUGAAAGAGCACCAGACAGCAGGGUGGAGGGAGAGAGAGAGAGAGAGAGAGGGUGAAUGUAUGUGCGCCAGAAAGAGAGAGGAUAAAAAGGUAGCUAGAGAGCUCGAGGGAGACGAUAGAGUGGGAGCAAUAGAGUACUAGAUAAUGGAGGUGCACUCAGAGUGUGUGGAGCCUCCUGUGGCCCCUCAGUGUGACCCUCAGCCUACAGGGAAGAUCAACAAAGCUGCCUUCAAACUCUUUGGGAAGCGGCGCACUGGAUCUGGAAUGGCCAGCUUCUUUUCCUUCAGGAACAAAGGGGCUACAAACAGCGGAAACAACGGGAAUUCUGACAAUGGAAAUUCUUUGAAUGGAAACAGCUCAGGGGCAUCGGCGGAACUUGUGAGGAGCAAAACCCACGAUGGACUAACAAGCUCUAAUAACGACGCUGAUGGACAGAGAGGGGAGGGACUUGCAGGCCUGGAGGUGGGGCCGGUGAGGUCUCUGAGCAAAUCGCUGAGUUUCUUCUCUCUUCUCCGACGCGGGAGUUUUAGGUCGAGUGAAAACGGAGGAGCAGGACUUGUCAGAAGAGGAAGGGGCCUGAAAGGGUUUUUCAGCAGCAUGCGAUGGAGACGUAAAGACAAAACAAAUGAGGGCGAUGGAGAAGAGGCAGAGGCGAAGAAGGACAAGGAUGGAGAAGCUGCUGAUGCUGAAAAGGUAAAGGACAUUACUCUAACCCUUGAACCACCUCCCCAUAACCACCAAGCAGACUGUGAGGAUGCAGAAGCAGGACCUAACCUCCAAGCACUAGAGACUCCCACCACGAGUGUUACCAUGACACCUCCACACUGUGUUGCCAUGCCAGGGCCAUCUGGUGAGCCAGACUCUCCCUUUCCCUACACGCCCACUGACUCACCACUGCGACCACCCAUCCAAAAAGCCAAAGCCUCAAUUUCCAGUCUCACCCCCUCCCUUGCUACACCCCCUUUGGAUCGCUGCAGCACUGGUGACCCACCAUCAGAGCCCUCUGUGGACCGACUCUGCUCCCUCCUCUUCACUGACGUCACGUCCCUCAAGAGCUUUGAUUCUCUCACAGGCUGUGGUGACAUUAUUGCUGAUGCCGAUGAAGAGGGCCCAGUGGGUAAUGGGGGCAGUGGUACCAGCAGCAGUAGCAGUGGGGGAGGAGGAGGUAGCGUGGGAGUGGGUAUUGGGAGAGUUGUUGGUAUCACCAGUAGCAUCUCCCCAUCUAAACCCCCUUUAUCUUCUCAGAUGUCCCAGCCCAUGUUCUCUGUCUCCCCAAACUCUGCACCUGCCUCCCUCCCUGCCCGGACCAGGGCACGACCUCAACCACAACAGCACCCACCCGGGAGUGGUGUGGUGGCCUACAUGGGUGGAGGGGAAGAAAUGGCAAGUCCAGAAGGAGUGGACGAUGCAGACAUGCAAGGACUCUGGCACAUGUUGCCUUCCACAGGAGACAACUCCCCUGCAUUGCCCCGAUCGCAUCAACCUUCCUCCUCUACCCCUACUUCUACUUAUCCCCCUCGCACCAACCCUGCUAGCAGCUACCUUCCCUCAGCUUCCAGGAGUUCAGAUAGAAAGGUACCACAGGUGAAGGCGCUGGGACUCAGUAAGAUUCCAGUAGUUGGUGGAGCGGGAAGCCGGGCAGCUAAACCCCCUCUCCCUCACGCACAUGGUCGUCACCCUACAUCGCCAGGUGAAAAAGAGCCGCUUAGUGACGAGGGAUACUGGGACACACCGUCAGCAACACCUACAGCAACACCUGACGAAAGUGGGCUGCAGCAUAACCAGAAUAUGGCCCUAUCACGUGACAGUUGCUCUGGAGACCACCUGUAUGACCUCUACAAUGAUCCUGAAGAAGAAGCAGAGGAUCAGGAGGGAGAUGAAGAUCCAAACAGCUCGCCCUCUCCAUCCACUGAACACAAAACGAGCCCCAUCUCCCAAGCAACUCUGCCUUCCUCCUCCUCCUCUUGCUCCUUCCGAUCAAUGAAAGGCAGCGCCAGCCUUCCUCGAGAAUCCAAGAUCCCGGUAAGCACCAAACCAACCACACCCCCUCACUCUGCAAGCCAGUCAGCCCUGUCGUCCGUCCUAGAGGCUGAAUCAACUCCACCAAAGACGCAACCGCCUCCUCCGGCUCGCACCAGAAUCCCAGUAUCCAAGGUGCCAGUUCGUCGUUCUGGAAACAAAUCUGGCGGCACAGCCAGAGGGACUGCCCACAAGAAGUAGCUUCUGUCACAUGGGUGAUUUUCCGCUGGACUGGAGUGCACAUUGCUACACUGCAGCUUACGUAGAGCCAAAUGUUUCCCCAGACAAAGAAAAAUGUUGAGCUGUACAGUCAAUGGCCUAGGAAUUCCUCUCAAAUCUUUAAAUCUCUCAUUCCUUAGGCGUGUUGGCUCACGAACAGCUACAUUAGAGUAAGUGCUUUGUUCACCUGAGAAAGUCACUAGGAAACUUGAAAAAGCUAGGUUAACAUUUUGCAACCCUCCUUAAACCUUUGGGGGUUGACUGUUGACAAUCUGUUAACUAUACGACCACCACUUUGACAGAAAACAAAAGCAGAGCACCUUUUUUUCUUUUAUGUUUUUCUUUUAGAUUUCCACAAUUUGUUUAACUCAAUCUGAUAGUAAGGACCUAAUCUAAUCAACAUUAUUAUUAUUAUUAUUAUUGUUAUUAUUAUUAUUAUUAUUUUUAUUAUUAUCUAAUCUGUAACACGUACCUCCUAAUUCUCUGAUUUUAGAGCCAAAGUUUUUUGAUUUUGUCAUAGUUUGGAAAAGUCCCAACAGUUUUCCUCCAUUUUUCCUUGCUGUAAAUGUUUUUUUAACAUGGUCUUUUGCUGAUCGCACACUGGUUUUAAAACUAUACAUGAACUCCGAACUGCUUUUAUUAUCUACUUUGCAGCUACAAAGCUAUCCUGCAGAAGGUCACACUGCAUCUCAUACUUUUUAAGAUCGAUUAGCGGAUUUCUUUUUUUAAAAUCCAUUUGGACUAACUUUGGCUUCAGCCUUUGUACUUGGAUCUCACUCACACCCGGCUGCUUCACUGGAAGUACAUUCACAGAAUUUUAAUCUCUGGGAUUUACAAAUGUUUAAAUACCAAUGGAAACCUGCAAAACUAUCGCAAUACAUCAACCUGGAGGGAUCCCUUGCACUAAGGCUUCGUUGUCUGCGAACACACGCACAUGCAGAAUCAUACACACAUACACAUUUCUUCUCGCUCUCUGCAUGUAGUGCCACAUAUCAAGGCACAAAGGUCAGGGAACGUCAUCUAAUGCUGAAGGAUCUGACACAUGCGCACUGCUCAACCUUUGGCACUGUAUUUGUAGCUACACUGGAUAACUUUCUUCUCUACGAACACAUGCACAAACACAUUUUUUCUAGCUAGUACAUUGUUCUUCACUGGAUUUCGUACUGUUUUUAUAGACUUUCCCUUUCCGCAAUCAUACUGCACGGAUCCUUAACUGUGACAGCACCAGCUUUCUAACACUCUGCCUUGUCUUCUUUCUGUUACUCUCUGUUAGCAUACUGUAUAGGCUAAUGUGGAUGGAUGACAAGUGCCAGUUUAGAGAACUAGGAUAUUAUACAUAGCAAAAUUUGGGAACUAAUGCUAAAUGAUCGACCUCGCCCCUUCUUCUCCUGGCUAGGAAUAAAACAAAACAAAACAAAACAAAAAACAAUGUAUAGCCUAAUUUCACGAGCCACCACAGCUGCGAGUGAAUGUGAAUGUAGCUUGACAUUGUAAUGGAUAUUUGUGAGAACAUAGUUUUCUGUGUUCUACUAUCCUCUUUGUCCCUCUUUUGUGGGGGCAAGACAAACUGGAUUUGACUCUUUUCUAAGUCCCCUGUGGCUUGCAUUGCAAAACGCCGCUUGUUUUAGAAAUAAGAAGGUGUGUUGCAGUCCUAGAAGGCCUUUGUUAGUGAUAUAGUGCAAUCAGUUAAAAGGGAGCAGGUUGGUCCCUUAUAGGGAUUUCCAUAGAAUUUUCAUAGGAUAUGCCAAGUUUAAUGUAAUCAUUCCCACAGAAGCUAUCAGUGACACUUGAGUGUCAUUCUCGUUCUUUAAGCCAUCUCAUCUCAUUUAGAGUCUAAUGAUUGAUCCAUGACACUGCUCCGGGUUCAGAUAUCUAUUCAGCCUCCCUAUGGUGUAGUGUAGGCAACCAUGGAGUAACCUGAUUCCGAGACUGCAGUAGGAACUCUCCUAGCCAAAUAAAAGGGCGCCCUAGAGGUCACCUGGGAAGCAGCAAGUGAUCAUGUCGGUUCACAUUUGCCCUUUCUUUAGCUUUUGACCUUUAGCUUCCUUUAUUCAUUGCUGAUUGAGCAAAAUAUUUGGUUUUUAAGUAAAGUAUUUUUUUGGUUGAUGUUAUUGGUUGGCAAGAUUUUACUUGGAUUCCUUUAACAGUCGGAUUCUGUAGAACUGAAAAAUGACAGGUCAUUAUGCAAUCAAUGUCCACCAGGUUUUGUUUAAAUACAGGACAUCACUCUACCCAACAUGUCACUGUUUCUUAGCUUCAUCCAGGUAUGACAUGGCAUGAUACAACUGUUUCACUGGGACACACUCUUACUCCUGAGGUCACCGUGUUUCCAUCAUGGGCUCACCAACACCAGACUCGGCUCAAUGUAUUUUUUGCAGGCACACACUUCUCUUUUUUUUUUCUGGGCCUUUAUAUGAUCAUUUGCUCUGAUGAAAAGCAGAUUUCCCCCCCUCCUCCUUUAUGUUUCUAUCUGUUUAUAUUGUGAAAACCUCAUUACAUUUUUAAUAAAGAAAACUGUAUUUGCGCUGA